AUGGCGUCGGAGAUCGAGGUGCUCGAGGACACCACCACCUCCUCGACCUCCCUCGUCGCGGCCGCGUCCACGGCCCCUUCCGCCGCGGAGGGCGCGGGGGCGCCGGCGGAGGACGAGUCGCUGAAGAACGACGUGUACACCGCGGCGGCGUACGGCGAUCUGGAGAAGCUGCAGCGGCUGGUGGAGGGGGAGGGCCGUCCGGUCACCGAGCCCGACGGCGGGGGCUACCACGUGCUCCAGUGGGCCGCGCUCAAUAACCGCGUCGCCGCCGCGCAGUACAUCCUCGAGCAUGGAGCAGACAUAAAUGCUGUGGAUCACACUGGACAAACAGCACUUCACUGGAGUGCUGUACGUGGUCAUAUUCAAGUUGCCGAACUACUCCUGAAAGAAGGAGCUAAGGUGGAUGCUGCUGAUUUAUAUGGGUAUCAGGCCACACAUGUUGCAGCACAGUAUGGUCAGACUGCAUUCAUUUACCACAUUGUCGCGAAAUGGAAUGCUGAUCCAGAUAUCCCUGAUAAUGAUGGAAGGAGCCCUUUACACUGGGCUGCUUAUAAGGGAUUUGCAGACUCCAUACGGCUUCUUUUGUUUUUGGAUGCUUAUAGGGGACGGCAAGACAAAGAAGGUUGUACUCCUUUACAUUGGGCUGCUAUUCGGGGGAACCUUGAGGCAUGCACUGUCUUAGUUCAGGUUGGCAAAAAGGAUGAUUUGAUGGUGAAAGACAAAACUGGAUUAACUCCAGCACAGCUUGCUGCCGAUAAGAAUCAUCGGCAAGUUGCAUUUUUCCUCGACAAUGCUAGAAGGGUACACGACAGAGGAUGUGGUGCGAACACCAGAUUUGGGAAAUUGUCAAAAUUAGGGCUUUCUCCUCUUCUUUGGUGCACCAUUAUUGGCAUGCUUAUUACAUAUAUACACUCUGUUAUAUCAGGACAAUAUGCCAUGACUAUGACAGCACCAUUUGGGAUAUUUGCAUGGUCAGGAGUUUUUCUUGCAACUGCUGGGUUGGUCAUGUUCUAUAAAUGUAGCAGGAAAGAUCCAGGUUACAUCAACAUAAAUACAAGGGGCUCGCAAAAUCAAAGGGAUGAUGAACCGUUGCUGAAGAUGGAGUUAGAAAAUCCUGCACUUGUUUCUGGCAACUGGUCACAACUUUGUAUAACAUGCAAAAUAGUCAGACCUGUUCGUUCGAAACAUUGUUCUACAUGUGAUCGUUGCGUGGAGCAGUUUGACCACCACUGCCCUUGGGUAUCUAAUUGCAUAGGAAAGAAGAACAAAUGGGAAUUCUUCAUGUUCCUCACUCUAGAAGUUUUGGCAAUGAUCAUUACUGGCUCAGCUGCCAUUAUAAGAAUUGUAAGGGAUCCAGAUUCCCCAUCAUCCUUUGGUGCUUGGAUUCAUUAUUCUGCAUUCCAGCAUCCUGGGGUGGUAUCAUUUCUCACACUAGAUUGUUUCCUUUUCUUUGGCGUUGCAGUUCUUACAGUUGUUCAAGCAUCGCAGAUAGCAAGGAACAUUACAACAAAUGAGAUGGCAAAUUCCAUGAGAUAUGCAUAUCUCAGAGGCCCAGGUGGCAGAUUCAGGAACCCGUAUGAUCAUGGGAUUCGCAAGAACUGCUCUGACUUCUUGUUAAAUGGAUACAAUGAGGACACUGAACGGCUAGACCAGACAUUGCACACCGAUGAGGAAAUGGGGAUGCUGCAGAUGACAAGUGCAGUUUCGCAGAAUGGUGACAAUCAUUUACAUCAUGGUAAUGGCACCGACCAUAGUUGCGCUGAUUCUCAGGCAAACUCAAAACCUCAUAGCCAAGUGGGUUCGUCUCAGUGUUGUGAUCACAGUAAGAGGACUGAUAGGACACCGUUGGGCCUAGGAUUGGGCCUUGGGCGAAACAGUGCAUCCCGGCAGGUUAGCAUUGUUGGGCCAUUAGCUCUGGAAUAUUCAGAUAUACCUAGUGUUGUAGUUUGCGGUGAACUCAGAGAAGUUGAAGGUAACAGCUUGGCUUGCGAAUAUCAGCUGAUCUGCAGUCGGGAAAUAUCAGAGAGCUUGUGCACAAAAGGUAACAAUUAUGGGCUUACGACAGAUGCAGUAGCAUGA